AUGGACUACGACCUGGUUAUGGAGGACGAGUUUGACGCCCUCUGUUUGGAUGUCAGGCGGGAUCAUGACUCGGCUUCAAAGACCAAAUAUCCUGCCAAGCUCCACGCCCGCAAAGUGGUCAAGGAGCUCGGCGUCGAUGAUGGCCUCAUUUACCUCCCUGGCCAACCCGACAUCUCGCUGGAGAAUUCCGACCAGCCGCGACUGUUCCGUCAGCGACGAUACUUCUUCUACAUAACGGGUGCCGACUUUGAGGACUGCGCCGCGACAUAUGAAGUCAAGCACGACAAGCUCACACUAUGGGUCCCGUAUGUCGAGCCUCGCCAGGUCCUCUGGUUCGGCUCUAAGCCGUCGGCUGCCGAGUGCAAGCGCCGCUACGAUGUCGAUGAGGUGAGAUACACGACGCAGCUGAGCAGCUUCUUGCGCAGGUUCGCCGCGCAGCCCGAGCCGCCAGUCGUGUACAUUCUUCACCCGGACCAGGCGCCGGACCUGGGUCAUGGAAGCCAGUCCCAGCUGCGUCUCGACUCCUCCCUCCUGCUGCCGGCCAUGGACCGCGCCCGUGUUGUCAAGUCCGACUACGAAGUCGCCAUGGUGCGCCGCGCCAACGACAUCUCGAGCGCCGCCCAUCGCAGGGUUGCGGAGCGCAUCUUGCGUCUCACCAACGAGCGGGAGAUUGAGGCCAUUAUCCAGGCGGUGUGCAUUGCCAACGGCUCACGAUCCCAGGCGUAUCCCAUCAUUGCCGGGUCGGGGGCCAACGGCGCGACCCUGCACUACGGCGCCAACAACGCCCCCCUCGGGGGCAAGCAGUGCGUCGUCAUUGACGCCGGCUGUGAAUGGAACUGCUACGCGAGUGACAUCACGCGCACGCUGCCGCUCUCGGGCUCGUGGACGCCGAAAGCGGCCGCCAUCCACGCCAUUGUCCAGCGCAUGCAGCAAGAGUGCAUCGCCAAGGUUGGGCCGGGAACGGCCUGGCGCGACAUUCACCUUCACGCGGCUUCGCUCGGCAUGGAGGGCCUGCUCGGGCUCGGCAUUCUUAAGGGCCGCCGUGAAGAUGUUGCUCGCGCCGGCACCGUCGCUGCCUUCUUCCCGCACGGCCUCGGCCAUCACGUUGGAUUGGAGGUCCACGAUGUCUCCGGUACGCUGGCCCUUUCCGCCGCCGAGGGACACGGCACGCAGCUCGACUUUGGAAAGAGGGCCAUGGUGACGCCCUCGAUGCUCGCCGACAUGACCCGUUCGGCUUCAUCCCCAGACGCUGCGGGUGUUCAGGAGAGGAAGACGCAGCUCCUGCUGCCAAACAUGAUUGUGACCGUUGAACCUGGAAUCUAUUUCUGCCGCGAAUACUUAGAGGGUUACUUCCGCAGUGACCCUGCUCACGCCGACUUUAUUGACUGGGAUCUGCUCGAGGAAUACUACGAUGUUGGUGGUGUGCGUAUCGAGGAUUGCAUCCUUGUCACUGAGGAUGGAUAUGAGAACUUGACAGUUGCGCCCAAGGGUGACGAACUACUCGACGUUAUUAAUAAAGGGGAGAAAUAG